AUGAUCAACUCCGUUGCUCUUCUGGCGCUUGCCAGCCCGGCAUUUGCUGGGAUCAUGCAGGCUCGUGGCGAGCAGUUCGUUCGUCCCGCUGCUCAGAGCUCUGCUGCUGUCGCUGCCCCUGGCCAGGCUGAGGGCUGGGGCGAGAGCUGGUCUAAGCCGGCCGAGCAUGUCUCGACCGCCGAGCAUGUCUCGACUCACGACUCCUGGAGCAAGUCCACCGAGUCUAGUGAGUCGUGGACCACCCCGUGCACCACCUCGACCACCCCGGUGCACGAGCAUACCACCACCCACCCGGUGCAUGAGCACACCACCACCCACCCGGUGCAUGAGCACACUACCACCCACCCGGCGCAUGAGCACACCACCACCCACCCGGUGCAUGAGCACACCACCACUACUCCGGGGCAUGAGCAUACUCCCACUACCCCAUGCACUACCUCGACCACCCCGGUGCACGAGCACACCACUACCCCGGUGCCUGAGCAUACUACCAGCAUUCCGGUGCACGGUAACACCACCACUCCAUGCACCACCUCGACCACCCCGGUGCACGAGCACACCACUACCCCGGUGCCUGAGCACACUACCAGCAUUCCGGUGCACGGUAACACCACCACUCCAUGCACCACCUCGACCACCCCGGUGCACGAGCACACCACUACCCCGGUGCCUGAGCACACUACCAGCAUCCCGGUGCACGGUAACACCACCACUCCAUGCACCACCUCGACCACCCCCGUGGCUGAGCACACUACUAUCCCGGUGCACAACACCACUGCGAUUUAUGAGCCCACCACUAAGCCUCACGUUCCUGUGAAGCCUGGCACCACCAAGACGCUCACUUACGUGACCACUACCUGCCCUGUCACCUCGUCUACCAUCACCUCCGGCUCUAAGACCUGGACCGUUCCCGUCACUGGAACAAGCACUAUCACUAUCACUAAGACUACUGUCUGCACCCUGUGCGAGAACGAGAAGCCUUUGACCUUCUACAAUGCUACUCAGCCAGCCACUGAAGGCCCCACCGCAGGCCCUACUGCUCCCGUUCUGAAGCCAACCGGAGAUGUCGUUGUUCCCCAGAAGCCCGGUCACUCUAAGCCCGCUGAGAGCUACCCUGUCGAGACCAAGCCCGCCGAGACCAAGCCUGUCGUCCCCGCUGAGACCAAGCCCGUUGAGACCAAGCCUGUCGUCCCCGCUGAGACCAAGCCCGUUGAGACCAAGCCUGUCGUCCCCGCUGAGACCAAGCCCGUUGAGACCAAGCCCGUCGUCCCCGUUGAGAGCCACCCUGCUGAGACCAAGCCUGGUGUCCCUGCCGAGACUCAGCCCGCUGUCCCUGCCGAGACCAAGCCUGGUGUCCCUGCCGAGACUCAGCCCGCUGUUCCUGGCGAGACCAAGCCUGCCGUCCCUGCUGAGUCCAAGCCUGGUGUCCCUGCCGAGACUCAGCCCGCUGUCCCUGGCGAGACCAAGCCUGCCGUCCCUGCUGAGUCCAAGCCUGGUGUCCCUGCCGAGACUCAGCCCGCUGUCCCUGGCGAGACCAAGCCUGCCGUCCCUGCUGAGUCCAAGCCUGGUGUCCCUGCCGAGACUCAGCCCGCUGUCCCUGGCGAGACCAAGCCUGCUGUCCCUGCUGAGUCCAAGCCUGGUGUCCCUGCCGAGACUCAGCCCGCUGUUCCUGGCGAGACCAAGCCUGCUGUCCCUGCUGAGUCCAAGCCUGGUGUCCCUGCCGAGACUCAGCCCGCUGUUCCUGGCGAGACCAAGCCUGCUGUCCCUGCUGAGUCCAAGCCCGGUGUCCCUGCUGAGACUCAGCCCGCUGUCCCUGGCGAGACCAAGCCUGCCGUCCCUGCUGAGUCUAAGCCUGGUGUCCCUGCCGCGACCCAGCCCGCCGUCCCCGGUCACUCCCAGCCUGCUGAGGGUCACCCUGCUGAGUCCAAACCCGGUGUUCCCGCUGCCUCCAAGCCUGCUGAGGGCCACCCCGCUGAGACCAAGCCCGCUGUCCCCGGUCACUCCCAGCCCGCUAUCCCCAACGAGUCCCAGCCCUCUGCCAACCCCUCCACCCCCGAGGUGCCCUCCACCCCCGAGGAGCACGGUGUCUCUCCCUCUUCCAACGACUUCACCGGUGCUGCCUCCAGCGUCAAGCCCGCUGCUGGCCUCCUUGCCGGUGUUGUUGCUAUCAUGGCUCUUCUGUAA